AUGAGCAAACACAUUGCUAUAUUAUAUAUGAGGCCUCCGUCCCUUAUCUGCCAGAUCGAAGUGAACAACCCGUACAGCAGAGAGAGAUUGAGAUUGUCGGCAAUGGCAGGCCAGGCCGAGAAGGUGUUCGUCCCCACCGACGACGAGCUGCUCCAGGCGCAGUCGGACCUGUGGCGCCACAGCCUCUGCUACCUCACGCCCAUGUCGCUCCGCUGCGCCGUCGACCUCGGCGUCCCCACCGCCAUCCACCGCCUCGGCGGCGCCGCGUCCCCGUCCGAACUGGUCGCCGCCCUGUCCCUCCCCGCGUCCAAGCUGCCGUUCCUUGCCCGCCUUCUGCGCCAGCUCGCCACGGCCGGCGUCUUCAGCGCCACCGACGCCGGAACGUACCGCCUCAACCCGCUCUCCUACCUCCUCGUGGACGGCGUCCGCAUCGACGGCGACGCCAGCCAGACCGCCAUCGUGCGCGCCGCUGCCUCCCGCUACUACGUCGAAGCGGCCAUGGGGAUGGCGGACUGGUUCAGGAAGGACUUUGAUGGACCUGUGCCAUCGCCGUUCGAGGACGUGCAUGGCGCGGCCAUCUUCGAGGAGAGCAUGACGCUCCUGGACCCGGAGAUGGAUCAGCUGAUCCACGACGCCGUCGCUGCUCACGACCACAUGGGGAUCGGCCCCGUGCUCCGGCAGUGCCGUGAGCUCUUCGAGGGGCUUGAGUCUCUCACUGACUGCGGCGGCGGUGAUGGGACGACGGCCAGGUCCAUCGUCGAGGCCUACCCGCACAUCAAGUGCACUGUGCUGGACCUUCCAAAGGUCAUGGACAAAGUUCUUCUUCCCGCUGAAGAAGGAGCGGUUAAGUAUGUUUCUGGUGACCUGUUCCACGUCGUCCCACCUGCCCAAGCCGUGUUGCUCAAGCUUGUUCUGCACUUCUGGAGCGACGAGGAUUGCAUCAAGAUCCUCGCACAAUGCAAGAAGGCCGUUCCUCCCCGAGAAGCAGGAGGAAAAGUCAUCGUCAUAGACAUUGUGCUUGGAUCGGUUUCUGCAGGGCCAAUGCUGGAAACCCAACACCUCAUGGAUAUGCUCAUGCUGGUGAUGACGAGAGGCCGACAGCGGGAAGAGAAGGACUGGAGCGAGAUCUUCACCAAGGCAGGGUUCAGUGGCUAUAAGAUUGUCAAGAAGCUGGGAGCUCGAGCUGUCAUUGAGGUCUAUCCAUAA